AUGUCCUGCUGCUCGCACUAUCAUACAGUUCCCGCUCUCACCCCUCGCCUCCCUCGUGCCCAUCGUGCCACCCGCGCCACCCCACGUGCAUCCAGACAACUGGCCUGCAGCCGCCUGCCAUGCUGUGAGCCCACCAACAACCAACGCGCUGGCCCCUGUCUGCCACGCCAAUAUCCAACAUUCCUUGCAAUCCCUCGCGGCGCUCAUCCCCUCCUUGCUCCACCUCGCUUGUCCCUCGACCGGUCUCCCUCAGCCCCUCACUCACCACGCCACCACCGCUCCCUUCCCGUCUCUUUCGCUAAUUCCCCUACCUCACCCCUCCCCACACCUAUUACUAGUAACGCGCUUAACACGUCGCUCCCCUCCCACCGAACAAGCCCUUUCUGCCCCGUCCCGCUGCCACGACUGCCCCGCCAUUCUUACCGGCCCUAUCUGCUCACCCGCUCGAACGCGCGCUCGUCGGGCCACCACGCCUGCACGAGCGCCGCCAGGUGGAACGCCGCCUCGCAGCCCUCCGCCGCAGCCAAUACGGACGCGCCAUCUGUCACGUCGCCGUACGCGCGCUCCGCCGCCAACGGCAGGAAGCCCGUGGCUCCUGUCACUAGAAUCCGCAUGGCGGCGCAGUCGCAAGCGCGGAGGGAUGUACCACGAGCGGAGUCGAGCGCCAAGCUGCCCUGCGCCGUAACUGCUGCUUCUUCCGCCGCUGUCGAAGCCAUGUGGGACGGCGAGGAGGAGGACGAUGACAGAGUGUGCUACACGCGCGCGGAGUAUCGGGCGGGGAGGCGCGAGAGGGCUGUGCGCGUUUACACUGUGAACGAUGAGUCAAGGUACCUGAUGGUGUGCAACGUGCCGGCGCUGGGGUGUGUGGGCGACCUGCUUCGACUCUUCUCUGUGCAUGGGCCCAUCGAAGAGCACCGCAUGAUGGACGAGGAGGACGCCCCUGCCUUCACCGACGUCGUGUGGCUCAAAUUCACCCACCUGCACCACGCCAGGUUCGCAAAGAGAAAGUUGGAUGAGUAUCCAUUCAUGGGCACCACAUUGAAAGUUUCGUACCUGCCGGGGCACGAGGCGAUGGAGGACACGUGGGCGAAGCUGGAGGAGCGACGGCGAAUCGUGGCCGUCCGUUGCCGACGGCUGGCGGAGGAGCAGGCGGGUUCGCAGACGGCUGGAGGGCAGGAUGACAGCACGGCGAGGCACACUGAGGUGUCGGCAGGGAUGGGUGUCACUUCACCGGCAGCAGUGUUGGCAUCAAGAGCUGCAGCACCAGUAGUAGCAGCAGCAGCAGCAGCAGCAGCAGCAGCAGCAGGCAGCAUCCCGCCACUGGCACCCCUUCCUCCGCCGCGUCCCCAGGCACCACCUCUGCCUCUCUCCGGCGUCACGGCACUCCCUCCAUGCUCACACUUGCAGCACGCCCGGCCGCAUCAGCAGCCCGCCCAGCCGCAUGAACAACACAUGGCAGCAGGUGGCAGCAGCAGAGCAGUCAACACAGACACGAGCACAGGCAUGGUCACUCUUCCGAGCAGCAGGCACGCCUGCACCACCCCUCUCACCAGCGCCACCACCCAGCAGUGCGGCAGCAGCAGCGCCCCCCCCCAAUGGCCGCGAUACUUGGGAGUGCCCUCCAUGGAUGCCGCGGUGGCCCGUGUGCGAUCACACCUCGCUGCACUGCACGCCCCACCACAUCCCCACAGCACCUCGCCUAUUGUAUUCUGCCUGUUCGCCCUCCCUAGCUCUGCGCUUUGCUCUCCUUACGCCCUGCCCUUCACUCGAUCGUCUUCUUCUCCACCCCUUCCUUAUCCCCUCCCGAUUCCCCUCUUCCUCUCCCCUUCCCCCCCUCCUCUCCCUGCCCCCCUCCCCACAUCCUGCUCGGUUGAUUUGUCUGCGCCUUAUGAACGCUCCUACUGUCCUUUCCACAACACUCGUUGGCCAUGUCCCUUGUGCACAGCUACCAUCUCCUCAGCAUGUCCCUUGUGCACAGCUACCAUCUCCUCAGCAUGUCCCUUGUGCACAGCUACCAUCUCCUCAGCAUGUCCCUUGUGCACAGCUACCAUCUCCUCAGCAUGUCCCUUGUGCACAGCUACCAUCUCCUCAGCAUGUCCCGUGUGCACAGCUACCAUCUCCUCAGCAUGUCCCUUGUGCACAGCUACCAUCUCCUCAGCAUGUCCCUUGUGCACAGCUACCAUCUCCUCAGCUUGUCCCUUGUGCACAGCUACCAUCUCCUCAGCAUGUCCCUUGUGCACAGCUACCAUCUUCAGUCUCUGCCCCAUCUUCAGUCUCUGCCCCAUCUUGAGUCUCUGCCCCAUCUUCAGUCUCUGCCCCAUCUUCAGUCUCUGCCCCAUCUUCAGUCUCUGCCCCAUCUUCAGUCUCUGCCCCAUCUUGAGUCUCUGCCCCAUCUUCAGUCUCUGCCCCAUCUUGAGUCUCUGCCCCAUCUUCAGUCUCUGCCCCAUCUUCAGUCUCUGCCCCAUCUUCAGUCUCUGCCCCAUCUUGAGUCUCUGCCCCAUCUUCAGUCUCUGCCCCAUCUUGAGUCUCUGCCCCAUCUUCAGUCUCUGCCCCAUCUUCAGUCUCUGCCCCAUCUUCAGUCUCUGCCCCAUCUUCAGUCUCUGCCCCAUCUUCAGUCUCUGCCCCAUCUUCAGCAUGUCCCUUGUGCACAGCUACCAUCUCCUCAGCAUGCUCUGCUGCCCCGUCCAUCCCUCCGCCGCCUUCCAUCCCUCCGCCGCCUUCCAUCCCCAACUCGCCUCCCAUACCCCCCGCCUUGCCUUCCUAGCCUCCCAGGCACCAUCUCUCCCCCCCGGGCGCUGCAUAUCGCAGGGCGGGCAGUGGCCGCCCUUUUGGCUGCACGGGAAGCUUCCGCGAAAGAGCCCGAAGGGCGGCGCGCAGGAGCUGACGCUAAAGGAAGGCGGGGGGAGGGGGAGAGGAGGCGGAGGGGAAGGGGGGAAGAGGCGGGGGAGCGGAGGCACCUGGGUGGUAGCGUGCGUUGGAAGCCUCGUGGGAUUGAGCGGCCAGCAGAAGCAGAUGACGCUUCUGCUUUUGCAGCGGGCCAGCGGUGGGGGGAGUGUGGGGGCUGUGCUGUGCGGUGUGCCCCGUCUUCACGUUGCCCCCUUGCCUCUCGCGUGUUAUCAUGUCCCUUCUCCCCCCCUGUGCCGCUCUUUGCUGAUUGCAUCUGCCCCCUCCCCGUCCCCCUCUGCUCCCUACCUUUGCCACUGCCCGCUGCCCCCCCCUUGCCGUCCCCCCGCCUCCCCUUGCACGCCCCCUGCUUUGCCCUCCCCCCGCAUUGCCGCCCCCCCCCCUCGCCCAUCCCCCAGGCGGCUGGUGGUGGGGGGGGAGCCCACAGACGACUGCAUUGCCAAGUGGGAGGCGCUGCAGUGUGCCACGUGUCACCCCCUCAUUGGCACACAGCACGGGCCGCCCGCCAUCUGCAACUCGUUCUGCCAUGCCGUCUUUUCUGCGUGCGGCGCGGCAUUUUUCGCAGCGGAUGGCACCUCCCAGCACAUCUUCCCCUGUGGCCGCCGCGACACGCUCUGUGCUCGGGCCGACUCCCUUGCUUCCUCCGGCCGCCAGUUCUGCCAGCUGGCGGGCUUUGGUUGGCUGCCCGACUCGCACGGGGCGGGGGUUCAGAGGGGAGGGGGGCGAGGGGAGGAGAUGGGGGGGAGAGAGGACGAGGAGGGGCAUGAGAGGGUGUGCUUUGAUGGCACACUCCCUUCUGCUGCUGCUGUUGUGAGGGGGAGGCACAAGGGGGCAGGGGGGAAGGGGGAGAAGGGGAGUGGUGAGGAGGAGGAGGCGGAGGAGGAGGGCGGUGGGUGGUGGGAGCAGUGGGCGGGCGGUGAGGGGGGGAGGCCGUUUGGGGGCAGCGUGGUGUGGAUGGUGUGCGGCCUCGUGCUCACUGCUGGCCUUUCCUACAUGCGGUCAGUGCGCCUCCCUCUCACUCCGGUGCCUUCACCACCCUCCCAGCAUCACCUUCCCUCACCCCCCUCCUCCCUUCCCUCCCCACCCCCCCUCCUCGCCGCCCCUCCUCGCCCCCCCUCCUCGUCCCUCCCCUCCUCACCCCUCCUCGUCUCCCCCGUGCGUGGCAGGUGGGUGGCGGCACGCAGCCGGCGCAGGAGGCUGUUUAUGGGGCUCAUCAAGCGGGCAGGGGGCGGGGGGCGGCAGCAGCAGCAGCAGCAGGUGGAGGGCGUGAGGGCGCGGCAGCAGCAGCAACACAACGAGGCUGCUCUGGCUGCUGCUGCCCCCCCCACCUCCACCACCACUGCCUCCGCCGCUGCUGCCACCACCACUGCGCGCAGCACCGCAAGGCAGCCUCGCUAA